AACAGAUUUUGAAGACAUCCACUUACAACAAUAAAACAGGCACUGCAGAAAAGUCAAUUGGAGUAGAAACAAAACAUUUAGCAACCCACAAAGUUUAUCCAAAAAAUAUUAACUCUUGUUCAAAGAAAUCAAAAACGUGUCCUACAAAGUUGAAAAAUAAAAGAAAACUGAACUAUGCAUCCGGGAACUCCUUGAAAAGUACUAAAAAAACUAAGGAUCUUAGUGUGAAAAUUGUGAAUAAUACUUGUGAUAAAAAUAAAACAAAAAAAAGAAAUGCUACAGAUAAUCUUUUUAACAACCCUGAAACAUUUAUUGGACUACACAACUUUACUAUUCCAAAUAUUAUGUCUAAAAAAAAAUCUUUUCCAAGCAAAUCCUAAUAUAGGUUGUGACAUGAUUUUACAAUUGUUAAAAACCUUUUCGGAAGUGAGUGGUUCAUCGAAGAUGGGCCACACUGAACCUGUAAAACCUGAUAACCUAAAUUUGAAUAAUGAAAGCAGCUUUGUUGGUUCAAAAACAAUAUCCAACUUUUCAAAACCAACUUUUGACUGGAAACAUAAAAGUUUGACUUCAGCUAGUGAAUCACAGGAUGAAGAAAUCAAUAAAACAAAUACUGGAAUAAGUAACAUUGGUGUAAGAAAAAACUAUUCCUUUCCUCUUAGAAAUGAAGUCACUAAAAAAGAUUUAAGUCAAGUUAGUAAGAUUUUGGAAGGAUCAGAUCAGAAGAAAAACAUUAUUCGUGAAUCAUUUGAACAGAAAACUGGUAGUUGUCUUAUUACUUCACAAGAGAAAAUAAAAGUUAGUGAAGAAAAAGACAUUUCUGAGCCAAUCACUUCAGGGUUAGGAAAGACGCCAAAAACAAAAUAAUAAUGAAAUCCAAAAAUUACCUGAAACUGUGAAACGGAAUCAAGACUUUUCAGAAAACAAUUUUGACUUAGAAGAAACAAAAGGCAGUGAGCGCAGCGAUGAAUUAGUUUUUGAGAAACAUCUUGAGUUCCAAAUUUGUAAAAAUAAAUCAGUUCAAUUAGAUGUCAAAGAUCUAAAUAUUUCCAAAACUGUUUUAGAACAAUGUUCUAAUGCAGUUCUCUCCCAUGUUGAGAGUAAUGUUUAUAUUGAACAGCCUAUGAACAAAAUGUCAGGUAUUACUAUGGAACCUUGUAAAUUGUGCAGUGUCCAUAUAAAACAAAGUGAAAUGUCAACUGGUCUAAUCAACCCAACAGAAAACUUGUCAAACCGAACAACUAUAUUGUGCUCAAACGUAAGAAAUGAUCCUAAGGUGAGUAUCACAAUACUGGUUGAAGAUAAUUUGAAAAAUGCAGUUAAAAUGAAAAGUAAUGUUUUUGUUGAUAAAGAAGACAUCAGAGAAAUUUACCCUGAACAAAAGGUAAACGAAGUAAAGUUUCCAGUUCUGAAAAGUAUUAGAGGAAAUGGGGACACUGAAAACAGUACUAAUGAAAUCAAUUCUAAUGAAGAGAAUUCAAAACAAAAUAACUCUGUCAUCUCUUUAAAUUGCUUAAAUUACUUGAAGACAGCAGUUUCUUCUUCGAAAUUAAGCAUCCAAUCUGAAAACAAUAUCCAUAUAGGUAAUCAAAAUUGUUAUGGUGAUAUAAAUGUGGACACAGUUAAUAUGACAAAAAAUAAUACCAAUGUUCAAUCCAACCAAGGUAUAUAUCUUAAUCAAGAGAAAAGGAAAAGCAUAUGAAGAACAAUUAUUUGGUGAUAAAAUUAAAAGUAAAGAAUCAAAAAAUUCAAUAAAACUCCCUUUAGUAAAAAGCUCCUCAGAAAUUAAAAAAUAUAUGAAGCCCAAUAGAAUUUUGAGUCAAACAUUUGUGGUUGGAAGAAACGCUAUUGAAACACAUAAAACCAACCAAAGUACAUCACCAAUAAAUUCAAACAUUUCAAAAUACUGUCAGAAUGCUGAAACAUUUGAAGCCAUCACUACUAAUAUCCCAAAACAAAUAAAUAAACUUGUUGAUGGUAAUGGACAGUUCAAGCUAGUUGAAAAUGAUACAGAUUCUAGCAAGGAAAUUAAACUUGAGAAACAACAUAGAUAUUCAUUUGUAAAAAAUAAUUAUUCAAGUGUGUGUUUUAAAGAAUCAAAAGAUUUUAGUAAAUACGAAAACCUCACAGGGAAUCAGAAUAAUUUGAAUCAAAGCUUAAGAUCUACCAGACAUGGUUUGGUUCAGGAACCACUUUUUAGAGACUUAGAAUCUAAGUUAUCCAUUGAUAAGUUAAAUCCUGCUCAUAAUUAUGAAAAAGGCGACAGCAUUAAAAUCCCAGCUCAACCUGAAGACUCCAAAGGUAUACCUCAGCAAAAGCAUGAUGUUCUAGAAGCAACUUAUACUGUUGAAACUAUGCCUGGUGGAGAAAGCAAUAAUAAAGAAAUUACUUCUCCCAGUUUAUCAGUCACAAAACCCUUACUUUCAACAGUGAGCAUACAGACUGAUUGGAGUUUGGUUGGUAUUACAGUUGAGCAUUUUCUGUCUGAAGUGAAUAUAAAAGUUCCAAAUGAAGUAUUAAAAUUAUCAGUCUCAACUCAAACGGAGGAUUUAGUAAAGCAAACAGAACUAUCAUAUAAAAAUACAGAAAGCUUGUCCGGAAAAUUUUUUAAAAUUAAAAAUGAAAAAUCCAUUAGUAAAAAUACGAACAGUAGUGGUGAUGAAUCUUCUAACCAGAUAAUUCCAAAGAAUGGAAUGCCCACCACAGUUAAUGGGACUGUUUCUGAUGUAACGAUGUCCAGUGAACCAGUGACUGUAACUCUAGACACUCCAGAAUCUGUAAAAAUUACAGGAGAAGAAAAUAAAGUGAGAGUCAAUUUCACAAAACUUCCUGAAAACCCAAUAGUGGGGGUUGAACAUUCUAAAGGCAUGACUGAUGAAAUUUAUCAAAACCAUAUCAAUCAACACAAAGAUGAGAAAGAUUUACCAGCCAGAGUAAUGGAAGACUUUCACAACUGUUUAAUUCCAUGUUUCCACCCAUUAUUUGAGGACACUGUGUUGUUCGAGUUAGCUGAUAAUGCAACAACCUAUCAGGAUUUCAUGUCUAAUAAGAUAUCAUCCAAAAAAAGUCCGCUUCUCUCUCGCCCACAUUACUUUGGUCCUUACAACAGACCGAGCAACACGAAUUCUCCUAAGCAAGUUUUGUCCACAACCAAACUUAAAAGUACAAGAAACUCAAGCUUUUGUAAAGUACCAGGUGGCAUACAGUCAGUUGAGCGAUCAGUAUUAACAAAUGGUAGAGCAAGCAUUGACAAAUACCCAAGUGGUAAAAACAAAUCAUGUGAUAAUACGAAGGGUCCUAAAAUAAAAAAUCAACAACUAGGCUGUAUAACUAAUAGAGAUCAGGAUCAAGAAGGAAAUUUAAUGAAUAAAAAAGGUAACAAUGGCCUCAAAUAUAACACAACUGGAACCUUCGAAAGGCGUGCAUGCCUAAAAGACAGUACUGCAUCAAAAUCAACGUGUUCAUUGCACAAAACAUCUGAUAUCCCCUCUUGUUCAUGUAAAGCUGAAGAUCAUAUGUACAAUUAUUUGUCUGGUUUAGAAUGUGGGGAUGUAGAAACAAAUCAGAACUAUGUUCUGCCAUUUAAUUUAGACCAUUAUACACCAAGUGGCAACCAUAAAUAAAUUAUCAUUAAUUUUGAGUAA